AGGGGAGCGCGGGCGGUGCCGCAGCGGAGCGGGGCGGCGCGGCUGCCGGCCCGGCCCUUCCCGUGAGGGCGGGGGCGGCGGCCAUUGGGCAGGGCCGGUUCCGACAUGGCGGCCAGCGCGGUGUCCAACCCGUCCCAGCUCCUGCCGCUCGAACUUGUGGACAAGUGCAUCGGUUCACGUAUUCACAUCGUGAUGAAGAGUGACAAAGAAAUUGUUGGGACUCUUCUAGGAUUUGAUGACUUUGUCAAUAUGGUGCUGGAAGACGUUACGGAAUUUGAGAUCACACCUGAGGGCAGAAGAAUCACAAAGCUGGACCAGAUUCUGCUCAAUGGAAAUAACAUAACUAUGCUAGUUCCUGGAGGAGAAGGACCUGAAGUAUGAAGACAUGAAGUCUUCAGUAUGUAUAAAGUACAUAUGUACUUUAUAUGUAUAUGCAAAAUCUAAAUAGAGAUUUUGGGGUAGGAAUGUUUUGUUCGUUUGCUUUGCUUACACACUUGACAUUGUACAAAAGACAACUCUCUAGGAAAAGUGCUGGUGGUAGUGUUGAUUUUGUAAGUAGAAAUCAUGACUUUCUUGUAAAGACACCUGAACCUCUUCUGAAUAAAAGGCUUUUUCCUUA